AUGUUCGAGCAGCAGAAAACAGCUCCCAAGAAGGGCGCCAAGAAAACGUUGCUGAAACCUGCGGGAAAAAAACGGAAGAGGUCCAAGAAGCAGAGUUACUCCAUCUACAUCUACAAAGUGAUGAAGCAGGUUCAUCCUGACACCGGCAUCUCUUCCAAGGCAAUGAGCAUUAUGAGCUCAUUCAUCAAUGAUAUAUUUGAGCGCAUCGCGGGCGAGGCGUCCCGCCUGUCCCAUUACAGCAAACGAUCCACCAUCAGCUCCCGGGAGAUCCAGACCGCCGUCCGCCUGCUUCUGCCCGGGGAGCUGGCCAAACACGCUGUGUCAGAAGGGACAAAGGCGGUGACCAAAUACACCAGUUCUAAAUAA